AGUUAUGAGAGAGGUCGUGCCGUUUCAGGGUGCAUGGCGUAGAGAGAGUGUGGGGUUGCUUGAUUGGCUGAACCUCUUACGUGCUUUCCUUGUGUGUGUGAUUGCCCUUUGCCCUGCUCUCAGCUUAUACUGUCUUCCCACAUGGCUGCCUGGUCCUGCUGCUCUUAGGUUUUGCACCAGAUCGGGUUGAUGUCAACUGCUAUGGUCUUCCCCCGAAUACAACGUACGGUCAUUAUAGCUGUAUCUAGUCUGAAAGAUGGCUCAAAUGCAGCUAUAUAAUGACGGUACGUUGUAUUCGGGGGAAGAAGGUAGUCAAUUGAAUUUUUCCGAAGGCAUUUAGACACCGCAAGUAUGAUUAUCACCAGGCCAAGAGGGUGUGCGUCUGUGUUGAUGUCAACUACUUUUUUGGGCUGCGACUAUGAUGCCGACUUGAGAAAUCCGCGGGUUUCGAUGUUGCACCAAACACCGAGAGGGUGUGUGUCUGUGUUGAGCAAACACCCUUGGAUAGGGCAAGAGAGUCGUGGAAAUGCGGGACACGUGCUCGAUUUGUUGUGGAACAAGCCACAAUACGGGUGGUCGGUAAAGGCGCCUUCAUGCGUGUUGAUCAUCACGCGGCGUCACAUGGUGCUAUUUGAAGUACACGGGAUCAUCGUCUGGGUUGCUGCGGGAUCAGCGAAGGUCCGGGAAUCAGCGAAGUACACGGGACAUACGGAAGUUCUGAGGAUGUAAGGAGUCGGCAAAUGAGAGGUCGGCCCGGUAAGUUAGAGAUAUUGGGUAUGAUGGGAAUUACUUCAGUUAUAUUUAUCGUCUUAUAGAAGGGGAAGUGCCGCCCUUGGUUGAGAACGUGUACCUUUUUUGAAAACAAUAAGGCUUCGAUGAGCCAGCCUUCCAGAUCUGUGUGUGAGCAGGUGGCAGAUCUGGCGGAAGCCGGGUGGUGCAAGGUGCAAGCAUCACGGUCUGUGUACGUGUGUCUGUGUUUGUGUGUGUGUGUGGAGAGAGAGAGAGAGAGAGAGAGAGAGAGAGAGAGAGAGAGAGAGAGAGAGAGAGAGGUAUGGAAGGGAAGCUGAGGGAGGAGGAAGCUGACCAGCGGAAUAUGGCAGAGAGAGAGAGAGGUAUGGAAGGGAAGCUGAGGGAGGAGGAAGCUGACCAGCAGAAUAUGGCACAUUGAUUGGGAGCCCUCGUCCCUUGCGGGUAGAGAGAUGGUGGGAAAGGGCUAUGGAGCUUCUGGAGAUUUGCAGAAUGACACAUUCAAUGAACAUGGCACAAAUCAGUUAGAAUGACACGUUCAAUGAACAAUUUUUUCCAUUCGCAGAAUACUGAAUUGUGCGUCAAUGGUGAGAGGAUGUCAUGUCUUGAAGGUAGGAGAGAGAGAGAGAGACAGACUCCAAUGUCAUUGACCUGAUGAGCAUGUGAAGGGUUUUAAAAGUGCGGCGAAUCUGAAGGUACCACGGAAGCAAGAACUUGACUGUCGACAUUGAAUUGGAUUGAUGCAGACGUUGCUGCAGCAGGGGAGUGAGCUGAUGAUUUGUUGUUGUUGUCAAUGGUAGAUUGAGAUAUGAGCGCAGGAAGGAGGCUGGCUGGAAAUGCUGAAUAGGUCAAUUGGCUGAUCGAUUUGCUCUUCGGACAGAGGAUUGGAAGUCGACGCAUGAAAAUGUGACACUCGGAGGAGUGCGGGCCAGAGGGGCUAGAGACACGCUUGUGUACGAGUGUGGGGUGGAGGGACUAGACACUCGUAAGUGAACAUAGGUCAAGAGACCGAGAAGGUAAGGAGGAUAGAGGACAGUAGUCACAGAUGUGAAAUGUGAUAUAAGUAUCUUCUUUGUUGCAAGCAAUAAGAGAGGCACAGGUCUCAUGUUUUUCCUUUUUUUUGUUUUUUUGGUUUGCUUUUUUUUUCACUCUUCGAGUGGGCGAGUGGGCUUUGGAAGUGACAGUUUUGGUGAACUUAAUGAUUGUUAUGAACAUUCCCAGUUGCAGUUUAUCAUUCUCUUCUUCCCCCCCCCCUCCCCCCUAGCUUUUUUGUCACUACCCCUGCUUUUCUCUGGAGCAUGUUUGGCCCACGGUGCACACACGGGAUUGGCAUUUGAACUACCCCUGCUUUUUUUGUCCCUACCCCUGCUUUUUUGUCUCUACCCCUGCUUUUUUUGUCACUUCCCCUGCUUUUCUCAUGAGUGGGCCUUGGAGGGCAGGAGGUUUUGCGAAUGCGUAGUGCUUGAUGGAUGGAUGCUGUUUCUUUCGUUCGUUGUGACAACUUGUCAGAAUGCUGUUUCUUUCGUUCGUAGUGCUUUGUUCUAGCUGUCUAGGGUGUGGUGAAAAGUUGAGAACACAAUUUUUAAUUUUAUAAAAGUUAAUAAAACAGGGUUCAUUCUAUCUGUCCAUAAGGGGAGUAUGUCUUCGUCGGGCAAGCGACGAGUAUGUCUUCGUCGGGCGAGUACUAGUAUCUGGCCCGAGCGUCCACCGCAUGUGAAUGGGCCUGGCGAUUGUCAAUGUGGAAUUUGUGGUGGUGGGAGAUGGUCCUCAGACAGUCGGACUCAUCCGCAUGCUUGUGUCAGGUGACUCAUUUUGUCACAGAAGGAGGACUGCACUGGUGUGCUUGGCUUACAUGCAGCGAAUGCGUCUCAUUUUUGCACAGAAUGAAGACUGCACUGGUGC